CCGAGAGUGGCUGGAGGUGGUCGUAGUCGUGCAUUCUGUCGCAAUCGCAGCUCGGGAGCGCUCAUCCCGCAUCGCUCGCUGCCCGUCGCCGGGCUCUCCGUGACACUCGACUUUUCCCGCCAAAAAAUUCGCGCCCUUGUUACUUUUUUUUGAACAACGGUUUGUUACUGAAAUAUUCAAUUAAUGCAGUGAUCGAUUUUAUUUUGUGAUGCGUUCUUAUAUUGCUUUCGUUUUGUUCUUUGUGUUUUUGCCGAAGUCUACGAAGGCGAUACGAUGGUUAGCGUUGCAUGAGAGCGAAGGCAACUGGACGGAGAGCUCGUGCGUGGAAGCUCGUCGUGCGGGCUGGCUGUGGGGCGGGCAGGCGCGCGCGUGUCGGCGCCAGCCCUCCGCCAUGCCGCACGUGGCGGGCGCCGCGCGCCUCGCCCGCGCCGCCUGCCUCGCCGCGCACCAGGGCGAGCGCUGGAACUGCUCCUCCAUACAGCUGGCACCAAGAUACACUCCUGAUCUCCUAACGGGCACUCGCGAGCAAGCGUACGUGUAUGCAAUGUCUGCGGCUGCACUGACGUGGUCGGUGGCACGCGCAUGCGCGGCGGGCUCGCUGCCAGCCUGCUCAUGCGCUGCACCUCCCCGCGCGCCCCCGCGUCCUCCCCGCCAAGCUCAGAUCACACCCGCUGAACCACACGCACGAUUCAAAUGGGGGGGAUGUGGAGAUAACUUUCAAUGGGCAGAGAGAUUCGCGAAGCAGUUUUUGGAUGCACACGAAAUAGAUGUUCGAGAGGGGAAGGUUGAAAACAUCCUAGAAAUAGAAACAACAACUACAGAAUUACCUACCACUACAACAACCAUGGAGCCGACGACAAUGCCUCCUGUGGUUAUCCUCGUGGACGACCAGCCGGCGCCAGCCAACACCAGCGUGGCUCCGAAGACGAGGAAGAAGGGACGUCGCGGACGGAAGCGUUUACCGCGCUCACCGCGACGAGGAAGACCCACUCGGAAAAGGUUCAGAUCUAGGCCGAGGUACGAAUACGAAGAUAGAAGUUCAAGAUACCGUAACAUCGAAUACCGGAUGGCAGCCGACGACCCCAGAUUCGAUCCACAAGUGGAUUUACGGACGCGGCUUGAACGACUACGAGAGCUCAUUGCGUCCGCUAAUCUAAUGAAUGGACGGUUUGGUCGGAAGGCGGUGUCAGCAGGCAUGCGCACGAAGUGCACGUGUCACGGCGUGUCGGGCUCGUGCUCGGUGCGCACGUGCUGGCGCGCGCUGCCGCCGCUGGCGCGCGUGGCGGCGGCGCUGGCGGCCGAGGCGGCGCGCGCCGGCCCGCUGCGCCCGCGCGCCCGCCACGCGCGCCGCGCCCGCGCCCGCCUGCGCUACGUCACGCCCAGCCCCGACUACUGCGAGCCCGACCCCGCCGCCGGCUCGCUCGGCACGCAUGGCAGGAAGUGCAACGCGAGCAUGGGCAGCGGGCCGGGCGGGUGCGGGCGGCUGUGCUGCGGGCGCGGGCGGCGCGGCGUGCGGAGCAGCCGGCUCGAGCGCUGCCACUGCCGCUACCACUGGUGCUGCCGCGUCGACUGCCAGCUGUGCCGCCUCACCACCGAGGAACAUUACUGCAACUGAUCUCCAAAACUCACAUGUUAUUUAUUCACUUAAGGCUCCACCAUCGAAGCUAAAACGUUCUUGCCUUUGGCAUAAUACAAGUUUUGUGAUCCCUACAUGAUCCAAUAUAUAGCCACGGUUAAAUUUUUCAUAAAACUUAACUGUUCAAUAGAUAAUUAUAAAUUUUACUAUUGGUACUCCUUAAAUUAUAGAGACCGCGUCGCCAGUUCAAACAAAUAAAGGAUACAGUGAGUGUACAGGUCCAGAUUACCAAAGAUUGAUUAGAUUAAUAUUAACAUUAUACCUAGUCAUUUUACCUUCAUAAGUGUAGGUUCUUCAUAUUUGUAAACCACUCCCGCUUUACUGGUAUUAGAUGGAUCUUCCUUUAAUAUUUUUAAUGUCUAGUAGGUACCUAAUACAGAUUCGGUUAUUUUAACAUAAUACAAAUUGGCCCGCAUGAGAUGGAACUUUUCGGAACCAACAUCGCCGUCCUUUUUCCAGAUGAAAAAAAAUAAUUAUUGAAUUAAAACACAUUUUUCAUUUUUGAUGAUAAAACAGCUUUGUGUUUUGCAAGGGAAAAAGAAGCACCUUAUGUGCAGCAGAAACGCUAAUUAAACAAUAUGUAGUACUAAUAUUUCAUUAUUACCUAAAUACUAAAAAUAAUAUUUGAUGUAUUGAAAUAAAGAAUAAGUUUAAAGUUGAACCAAUAGUGAAUAGCCUGAUGUUGACAUGACAUCCUACAGUACUUAGAAUCUACAGAAUUAAUCAUUUUAUAAGUAAGACUGUUACUUUAUAACGUAGAAGAUGUUCGGGAUACUACGAUUUUACUUUGUGUAAUGUAACUUUAGUGUGUAUUUUUUAAUAUUUCGACAAUAAAUUGUAAUGUAGCCACGCUGUACAUCCGGCUUUCGUAGAUUACUGUAAUCGUUAUUCUUCGUAUUAGGGCUAAUGCACGCCUCUUGUGUAGAGUUGUGUACUGUUAGAAGUAAAAUCGAACAAACUUUUUGCUAAAUUCAUGAUAAUACAUUACAGAAAUCUAACUUCCUGUAUGUAUUUAUCCCUAGUAUUACUUACUUUUACAUUGAUGUACAUAUUGAGUAGUAUUUAUUGGUAGUAUCAUAAACUAUAUUUAGGUUCUUUUGCUCUAUCAACGUAAUUUUAAUAAUUAAUACGUAGUUUUAGUCAUAGUCUUUUCACGUCAAAUAACAUUUUAUGCAAACAUUUUAUGGCAUAGUGAUGUUAAGAACUCUUGUAAAUAAAAGUCGUACUUA